GCACUCUUCUCCCCAAACAAAAUUCACUCUCCUCAACUUCAUAUUAUAAAGAUUUCAACUCUGUGCUUAUUUUGAUAACCUGUACAACCAACAUAUCAAAAUGGGUUCUGCCAAUGGUGUCAUCUAUGGGGAGGAAUCGUUGCCACUCGACAUGACAGUCCUUGGGCUGAACUCGGGCACAUCGAUGGAUGGAAUUGACUGUGCUCUCUGUCGAUUCAAGCAAGCAUCUCCUAGCGAGCCUAUGCACUUUGAACUACUCAAGUAUGAUGAGAUACCCCUUGAGCCAAAGAUCAAGAAGAGGGUUAUGAACAUGAUUCUUCACAAUACGACAACGCCACAGGAGCUAUCGGAAGUCAAUGUCAUUCUGGGAGAGACGUUUGCAGAUGCAGUCAAAGCUUUUGGGGAAAAACACGGCGUCCCGUUGUCGUCCAUUGACGUUAUCGGUUCGCACGGGCAGACCAUCUGGUUGGAGAGUAUGCCCCAGGACGGACACAAGCAGUCUGCCCUCACCAUGGCCGAAGGAACGUUUAUUGCCUCGCUCACCGGCAUCACAACCGUAACGGAUUUCCGGGUGUCAGACCAGGCGGCUGGUCGACAGGGCGCACCCCUGAUUGCCUUCUUUGACUCCUUGGUUCUCCAUCACCCCACAAAGCUUAGGGCGUGCCAGAACAUCGGCGGCAUUGCCAACGUGUGCUUUAUUCCCCCGGAUUCCAACGGCCAGCUAAACGAUGAGUUUUUUGACUUUGAUACCGGCCCAGGUAAUGUCUUUAUCGACGCUGCGGUUCGGUACUUUACCAAUGGAGAGCGAGAGUACGACAAGGAUGGAGAGAUGGGCAAAGCCGGCAAGGUGAACCAAGAGAUGGUGGACGAUUUUCUGAAGACGCACUUUUACUUUGGGCUUGAGCCACCCAAGACGACGGGCCGAGAAGUAUUCCGCGAUACUAUCGCGCACGAGCUUAUUGAGCGCGGCACAGCGGAGGGCAUGUCACCCAAUGACAUCGUGGCUACAAUCACUAGAAUCACCGCACAGGCCAUUGUUGAACACUACAGACGAUACAUGCCAACGCAGUACGGGCCGUUGGCUGAGGUGUACAUGUGCGGAGGUGGAGCAAAGAACCCCAAUAUCCUUGACCAUCUCAAGGAGUCGUUCCCAGAGACCCAGUUCGUCAUGUUAGACGAGGCAGGCAUUCCGGCGGAUGCAAAGGAGGCUAUCACUUUUGCAUGGCAAGGGAUGGAAGCUGUGGUUGGUCGAAGCAUCCCAGUGCCUUCUCGAGUCGAAACGAGGCGAGGGUAUGUGCUAGGAAAGGUCAGUCCCGGACUGAACUACAGGCGAGUGAUGAAGAAGGGCAUGGACUUUGGAGCGGGGCAUGAGCAUCUCGACCACGUGAAGGAGCUAGUCAAUUACGUUGACGGCAACGUGUACAACAACAAAGUGUGAAGCCAAACGAAUAACUAGCGCCUGAACGAAUCCAGACGAAGGGCAGUGGUGACAAGGACGAUGUUACCUCUACGGCAUUCGCUGAUAAGUGACUGGUCCUAUGGUGUGCGGGUCCUCUAAACUCCUUGAUUGUUAGGAUGGAUAAAUAAUCAG